AUGACUUCUUUGAGUCAUAGGCCUCUAGUGGAUGCCGCAAACCAAGCUGAACCAGCAAACGAUGGCGAAUCUUACUGGGGGAUUGCUACAGAAGAAUCAAACCUAGGCGACGAGGAUACGCACGUGCUUGAGAGGCUCUUACGCAAGUGGGAGGUGGAAGGGGACGAAUAUGUGGCCUCUAAGAGAACGAGCGUGGAGAUGAAGCCGCAUGAUAGAGAGAAUGCUGGGACUCAGCAGAGACUUACCAAGAACAGCAAAGGAUGA